CUCGGAGGGGCGCCGUGCAGCGUGGGGCUCGGGCGGCGGCGUCGGCAGCGCGGGCGGCGGCGCUGCUCCUUGUGGGGUGCUGGGCAGAGGCGGCGGGUGAGGCGGGCGCCACCGGCCGGCCGGAAGGCGCCUCAGCUCCGCCGGGGCCCGCGGCACGGGACCCAGGACCGAGGAGGAGGCGGCGCCCCUGCUGCCUGGAGCCCAGCCUGGGGCCGCCAGGAGGGGUCCGCGGCCGGACGUUCACAUCCCGGAGCGUCCCUGACGCGCCUCCCAGAGAGGCCCCCAGAGCUCCCAGCCGCCUUCUGGGGGUGCCUUCAGCCUCCCUGGACUCACCUACGCGGACUGCCUGGCACCCAGGUGCGGGAGCGUGGGCGCGGCGUGGGCACCUCCCCCGGCCGCCAGCGGGGCGGGGGCGGGGCCGCCCUCGGUCUCACGGGUCUGCCAGUCGCCUUCAGUCUCACCGGUGCCCCCGCCGCUCACGGUCGCGGGGCGUGAGCUUCCCGGAGACCGCGGCUCGGGAUGCUGUCAGCCAGCGCGGCUGCUCGCGCGCCGCCCACCACCCCUGCCCUUGAUUCCUGGGCCAUGCCCCAGUGUUUACAUGCCGGUGAAGCCCCCGGCCACUCCGAACCCCUACAAGCCCCAGCUCUCCGAGGGUGAAGCCAGCCGGCUUGCGAACUGGACUGGUCAUUCAGACUUGGACCCUCCGGACUCAGAUUCCCGACCGCUCUGCUGCCUCAGCCACCAUCUGGGCGGGAUCCGGCUCUGGUGUUUUGAGGAGGGGGUGUGGUGUAGGGAAAGGAAUCCUGGGGAUUUCUGGCUCCCCCUCCUUUUUUUGGCCUUCGGGGCUUCAGACUCAGGGAACUCGCUCAUGGCUUUCUUGAUGAAGAAGAAGAAAUUCAAAUUCCAAACCACUUUUACCCUGGAGGAGCUGACUGCGGUCCCCUUCGUGAACGGGGUCCUCUUCUGCAAGGUCCGGCUGCUGGAUGGCGGAGAUUUUGUCAGCUUGUCGUCAAGGGAGGAGGUGCAGGAGAACUGUGUACGGUGGCGGAAGAGGUUCACCUUCGUGUGUAAGAUGAGCGCCAACCCGGCCACUGGCCUGCUGGACCCCUGCAUCUUCCGUGUGUCAGUGCGCAAGGAGCUGAAAGGCGGGAAGACUUAUUCCAAGCUGGGCUUUGCUGACUUGAACCUGGCCGAGUUUGCAGGCUCGGGCUCCACGGUGCGCUGCUGCCUGCUGGAGGGAUAUGACACGAAGAACACCCGACAGGACAACUCCAUCCUCAAGGUCACCAUUGGAAUGUUCCUGCUCUCUGGAGACCCCUGCUUCAAGACGCCGCCAUCCACUGCCAAGUCCAUCUCCAUCCCAGGCCAGGAUUCCUCCCUGCAGCUGACGUGUAAGGGUGGUGGGACCAGCAGCAGUGGCAGCAGCAGCACCAACUCCCUGACGGGGUCCCGACCCCCCAAGGCCCGGCCCACCAUCCUAAGCUCAGGGGUGCCAGAGGAGCCGGACCAGAACCUCUCCAGCCCCGAGGAGGUAUUCCACUCCGGCCAUUCCCGGAACUCCAGCUACGCCAGCCAACAGUCCAAAAUCUCCGGCUACAGCACGGAGCACUCGCGCUCCUCCAGCCUCUCGGACCUGACUCACCGCCGCAACACGUCCACCAGCAGCAGCGCCUCGGGCGGCCUCAGCAUGACUGUGGAAGGCCCCGAGGGCAGCGAGCGUGAGCACCGACCCCCCGAGAAGCCACCGCGGCCACCUCGGCCCCAUCUGUCGGACCGGUCAUUUCGGAGGAAGAAGGACUCGGUGGAGAGCCACCCUACCUGGGUGGAUGAUACGCGGAUCGACGCUGACGACAUCGUGGAGAAGAUUAUGCAGAGCCAGGACUUCACAGACGGCAGCAAUAGUGAGGACAGCAACCUCCGGCUAUUCGUGAGCCGCGAUGGCUCCACCACCCUGAGUGGCAUCCAGCUGGCCAACAGGGUCUCCUCUGGGGUCUACGAGCCAGUUGUGAUUGAAAGCCAUUGAGGAUCCAGUCCAGGCUGGAGAAGGGCCCUGCCUUCAUGGGCGUCCAGACCCGAAUCAUUCCACAAGGGACCUUCCCCUUCGGAUCACCAUCCGUGCCACAUCUCAUCUGUGCCUCCUCCAUGCACUCCAGCCCCAAAGCAUCAUUCCAUUGUCCUCCCAUCCAUGCUGGGACCCUCUUGGCCCGCUGGGGCCCCGGGCACCACUGUGAAUAUUCUCCUCUGAACCACUAGAGGGCAGGACACAUGGGCCCAUAAAGCAAGUGGGCCGGACAAAGCUGCGGGGAAUGCCCUGCUAGAGAGACACCUGGCCCCUCGGUGAUGGCAUGCAGCAGCUCCUGCCCAAACGAGGAUGCAUGUGGCCAAGGGGCCUCUUGUCCUGUGUCCCCACUCACUCCAGGAGCACUGGCUUGGCCAUACCCUGGCAGGGCCUUGCUCCAUUGCUCCCUUGCCCUUGGCGGCCAGUCCACCCCUAGAAUCCUGCCACCAUGGCCCUCUGACUGCUUAGUGCUUCAGCUAUCCAUUCCUUGAGUCCUGGGGGACCUGCUGGCGGCCUCCUCCUGGGAACCAAGACCUCAGACCCCACCCACACUCCAGACUGAGACACUUACCCCCUCCCACACCGCCUGCAACGAAUGUUCUCCUGCUGCCCUGGCAGCCUGCACUUUGCACAUGCUUGUCUCCGGCACAGCCCCCUGGCCCUCACCUGCCCCUCUGAGGAUUCCUGGGCGCUGUCUGCUGUGCAGUCAGUGGCCCAGCUUUGGCUGCCCGGCUGGAACGCGGCACUGCCUCCCCUCCCUCCAGUUAGCUCCAGCUCAGGCCCGAGCCCCAUGCUGAGAAAGGUCUGAGCGCGGAUGUUGGUCCCCCUCUGCCCGGGGCUGGGUCCCGAGCAGCUGGCUUCCUGUAGGAAGCCAGGGAAGGUGCCUCCUGAGCCCUUGGAGGUCAGCGGCCUAGCUGGGCUGGACUUGGCAAGCAAAGCACCCUUUCUCUCCCCUCAGGGUCAGCUGGCCCAGGCGGGGGCCGAUGCUGGAGAGGCAGGUGGGCUGUGACUAGACUGGCCCGGAGCUGGCUUCCUGACCAGAAAAGCCUCAGCCAUCCUCUGAAAGCAUCCUCCUCCUGGGAAGGGGGGGGGGUUCCAGUAGGGAGCAGUUUGGUCCUGCUCCCACCCCUGCCCCUAGCUAAAUCCUCUGCUCUCAGCACUUUCCCCUGGUCCUCACCCUCGUUACUUCCUUGAAGGUGGGUUCUGGCUGCCAGCCAGUCCCUGGACAGACUCCCCUGCCACUCUUAAGUUUCAUUCAUUUUGUAUAAACCCAGCAGGCUGGUGUUUACUUAGCCCUGUACCUUCUUCCUUCCCCCCCCCUUUUUUCUUCCUUUCUUUUUCUUUUAGAGUUCACAGUUUGGUAUUUUCUGCUCCCCCCAGGCGAGGGGAGGUGGUUCUGUUCUCUCCCUACCUGCUGACUGGGUCCCAGCAGGGCUGGGGAUCUGGGUGGGGUGGGGGUGUCCUCCCCAGGCUGGGAGGGGUCCUUGCCUUCUGCCCCACUGGCAAGAGAAUUGGAGUCUUGGUCUUGGAACCUCCUGGCAUUGGGACCAGAGCAUUUUUAGGAUUCCUGUUGUUUUUAAUUCCCUGACCCUUUUAGAAAUUGAAUGUUAGACGGUGCCUGCUGAGGCAGGAUGGAGCGUUUGCUCUGGCUGGAGAAGGCUCUGGUCAGCUCUGCAGGUCCCUUCCUGCCCCACAGACACCCCCCCUGGCACUUUAAAAGGGAGCUGACUGCACUGUCUCCAGGUGAAGUGGCCCCCGAAAGAUGGGGGAACACGGUCCUUCCCUUCUGUGUCUGCAUGACCUCAGCCCAGUGGGGAGAUGCAUUCAGGGUGUAUUUGGGGUCUGAUUCAAAGUUCUGGGGCUUUAGGCAUAAAAUAGCUGGCUUUGGUGCUGUUGGGGAGAAUUCCCCAAGCCAGGAACCCCAGCCCCACCCUAGAUGAGGUCUGAACGUGACAGUCACCCCAGAAGGAGACAGAGCCUGUCACAUCCUCCCACGCCAGGCCCUGGGCCAGGGUAUUGGACUGAGAAGUAGGCCACAACCAAAUUAAUGCUGGCUGGAGCCGGAGGCCUGGAGCCCUGGCCUCAUCCCCAUGUGGGAGCCUUCUUUGUCCCUCUGAUUCCCUCAAGCUCAGUGAAUUCCCACUAGGUGCCCACAGCUCCAGACUUAAAAUCCUAUAUAUAGAGAGAGAUAGAAAGACUAUAUUAGAGAUAUUUUUGGAAAGGAAUUGGUCUAUGCAAUGCCAGUUUGGAAUCUUCUUGAAAGAUGGUUUAACGUUUUUACUAGAUUUAAAGAAAAGAAAUAAAGGUCUACAAUAUUUUUAGUUUUUUUUUUUUCGGUCACCCCACAAACUGACCACAUGGCAUGAUCUGCCAGGAGAAUGUCCCUGGUUCCCUCCCUCAGGGAGGGGAGCAGGAAGAUGGGGGGAGGGGAGGUCUUUUUUUUUUUCUUUAACUCCCCUCAUUUCUAACCGAAUAUUGCCACCACCACCACCACCCCCUGAUUCAGUGGGCUGUGUUUGUAUCUCUGUCCCAGCUUCUAUUGUAGAAAAUAACAUUGUAAGGGGAAAUCAGCCUAGUGUCAGUGUCUUGGUUUGGGGAAAAAAUAAAAUGUUGCAGUUUUUGUUUGUUA